AUGACCUCGGGAACGUCCGCGCAGACGCAAAGGGCGACGUCGGAUUCGGUGCUCAGCACGGCCGGCACCUCGUCGUCGCCAUCGUCAUCGCCUCAGCCUCCCUCCGUCGGACGGCACUCGUCGCAUCCUGGGACCAUCCCGCUUCCACCCCCGCCACCCAUCAGCGCGUUCCCCGCCUUGGGAACGCUCUCGCCGCAUCUCAUGAGCGGCCCUCACGGGCCACCGAUGAUGACGCCCCCUCACCAUUACCAGCUGUCGCCGAUGCACCACCCUGGCCAGCACCAGCACCAGCACCAGCACGGGGGGAUGAUGAUGACGCCCGGUCUGCCGCCGAUCACGCCCAGCAUGCCGUCCUUCACAUUCUUCCCCCAGAUGUCGCCGCACCUGCCCUCGCCGUCCGUUGCCCCCGGUAGCCCGGGAGGGCCGAUGAUGGGUAUGCAUCCCCACGGCCACCACCCGAACCCGUUCUUUGCCGGGGUGAGUCCCGCGGCUGCGAUGGGCCCGCCGACGCCGAUGGGCGUGCUGAGCCCUGGGUUGCCGUUCAGCCCCGGCGUCGCGCUCACGCCGGGCAACUUCUGGGGAGCGGGCGCGAACGCGUACAUCAACCCCGCCGUGGGAGCGCCUGUGCACCGCCCGCCGGAGGAGGAAGGAGCAGGGGCGGGACAGAGCCAGGAAGGGGGUUACUUCCCGCCUGUGCAGUAUACGAGCUCGGCGUCGGGGUCGGGAGGAAGGACGGAGGCCGGGUCGGUGUCGGGAAGCCAGCAACUGUUGGAGCCGAGCCAAGAGCAGGGGUAUUUCCCGCCUGUGACCGGGUUAGGGCGUGGGAGGGAGGGGGAAGGUAUAACGAGGAACCAGAGCGGAGGGUCGAGCACGAGCGAGGGGACGCCGUCGAGCAGCCGCGACGGACCGUCGCCCGUAAGCACGACGACGACGAGCUGGUACGAUGACGCGCAGUCGACUUUGCUCGCGAAGGGGUUCGAGAGCCUCGCGGUGGACGAGAGGGACCGCGGCAAGGACGAUAACGGUCUGAAGACGCGGACGUACUCGGCUGGGUCUGGCGCCGCCGGCGCCGGACGUCCGAACACGCUAGCUGAGAAGGGCCGGUCGGGGUCUGACCCUGCACCUGCCCAUGGGCAAGGCGCAGGGAACGGGCACCACCAGCAUACCGCCGGCUCGUACGGAGUCGGGAUGGAUAUGGGUGGCACAGAGAGCGCGCCGCCGACGAUGCAGCGCCCGGAGGAUGUCGUCGCGGCCUCGCCUUUCCGCGGCCUCGGCACGGACUACGGAGCAGCACAACAAAAACAACAACAGCAGGCUCCUUGGGGUACCAUGGAGCACAUGCGGAGCCACUAA